GUCCUCUCCGACUUGCCUUUCCCCAACUUCUGAAAUUGUACAUCGUAUCGCCCCGGGGAAGAUCAUAAUCUCAGAGAAUAAUAUACGAUGCCAUUCUCCCACCACAGUCACUCGGGCCAAUUCUGCCCUGGCCAUGCCAAAGACUCGCUCGAGGAGGUCAUCCAGACCGCCAUCAGCAAGAAGAUGCAAGUCUUCUGUCUGACAGAGCACAUGCCCCGCGACGCCGUGGACUUCUACCCCGAAGAGAUCGAAGCCGGCCAAACAGAAGCCUGGCACUCUACCAACGAAGAAGCCUACUUCACCGAAGCCGUCCGCUUGCGACAAAAAUACAGCUCCCAAAUCUCCAUCAUAAUCGGCUUCGAAUGCGACUGGAUUCGCCCAUCCUCCCAAACCCUUAUAACCCGCUCGCUGUCUCGCUUCCCAUUUGAAUUCUUCAUCGGCUCCGUCCACCACAUGCACACCGUCCCCAUCGACUAUGACCACGAGAUGUACGUUCGGGCCCGCGAUAUCGCCGGUGGCACCGACGAGCUACUCUUCGAGAAUUACUUUGAUGCACAGCUGGAUAUGUUGAAGGCGCUGAAGCCGCCCGUCGUGGGGCAUUUCGAUCUGAUUCGGUUGAAGAGCGAUGAUCCCGAGCGGAGUUUCAAGAGUUGGCCCGGUGUUUGGGAGAGGGUGGUGAGGAAUUUGGAGUUUGUGGUUGGGUAUGGGGGGUUGGUGGAGGUUAAUGGGGCGGCGCUGAGGAAGGGGAUGAGUGAGCCUUAUCCUAACGGGGAGAUUUGUGAGGAGCUUUUGGCGCUGGGUGGGCGCUUCUGUCUGUCAGAUGACAGUCAUGGCGUUGAUCAGGUUAGUCUGAACUUUCACCGGGUGUUGGAGUUUUUGGACCGUGUGGGCGUGGAGACGUUGCAUUAUCUGUCGCUGGUUGGGGAGGAGGGAGGUGAUCUUUCCCCUGCGCCGGAUGAGCGGUUCCCUCGGACGAGGAUUGCUGCCGUUUCUAUGGAGGAGGUUAGGCAGAUGGCCUUUUGGAAGGCGUGAGCAUUGUGAUGGUGAGAAUGAAGCAUAUGUGUUGCGGGGACUUGUCGAAUUAAAACUUCAGACAGCGGUAUAGUUGGUCUAUUGGGUAUAUAAAAUGUAGUCGGGAUACCUACUAUGGGUUUGACGCCUUAAGUAGAUACUAGUACCGAGUGACAGAACAUUUAUUAAUCGCAGUGUUCAAGAAUACAGGAAGGUAUAAGGACUCACUGAUAUUAAAUGUGCUCCUUACCUAUAUACUAUAAA